AUGAAGAUACCGCUGCACCUCGACCUACCUUGCCUCUCUCCAGGCACGGCCAGUUCUGCAGAGCAGGAAGGGAGGGACACGACAAACGUGCCGCCGCCGCUGCUAGAGCUGACUCCGACCGGCGAGCUGGUUCUGGUGGAACUGCAGGGAUCGCUCGAAAUCACCGGCGGCGGCGGCGGUGGCAGCGCCGAUGCGAUCGAGGGCGACGGUGUUCGGGGAGAUGGAGGAGCGGGGAGGGCGGGGGAGGUGCUGGGCAAGUUUGUCUUUGAAGAUGGAAGAUUGGAUCGACCGACGCUAUUGAUAAGCCACCACCGACUCGAGGGCAAGUUCGUGUCGCUGCAGAACCCGCUCGCCGUGCUCCGUAAAGUGACGGCGGCCUCGGCGGCCUCGGCGGCAACCGCUGCGCAAGUCGACGACGAGGAAGGAGACGGACGACAGCACAAGAAGCCAAAAGUCGAUGACGAUGACGGCGCGGGCGCAUCGACGAGGUACGACAUCGUCACCAUUGUCCGACGCAAGCUGCUUUUCAGCAAGCGGCCGGAGCCCGUCGUCCGUAUUGAGGACCGAUGA